UAAUUUCCUUAUUCGGACAUUAAGACAGUAUUUAGUUAUCAAUAUCAAUUCUCUCCUAAACCUCUCUGAAUUUAUUUGCUGUGAUAGUAUAUCUAAGAGUUGUAUGUACAGAAUGUGCCAGAUUUGUAAAGUAAAGACCGUUGAAAUCAGUUUUCAGAGAGUUGAACCCACCACUGUAUUACACUAUUAUCAAUGGCGUACCACACAAGAGAGCAGAGUCAUCAAGGAUAAAUUGAAAAUUGUAAAAGUGACGAAGAAAUUAAGGCUAAAUGCCACUGCUGAAGAAUUGAUCAAUGUUUUUAAUAACGAAACUCCAAAAAUUUUACAACAUUCUUACCGCAUUUAUCACCAGGGUCUCUUUUUGAAAAGAGUAAAAACUGAAAUGGCAGAAGAUGAAAUUUGCUUAAUAAUAGACUUCUCGGAAAACUACAAUUUUAAAUACACUGAUGAAGUUCAAAGUGUCCAUUUCGGAGCUUCAAAGGUCCAAUUAAGUCUUCAUACUGGGGCCUACUAUUAUAAAGAAAACGGGGUAACCAAAUGCCAAACGUUUUGUAGCACUUCUUCUUGUCUUCGACAUGAUCCUUGUGCUAUAUGGGCGCAUAUUUUGCCAAUUUUUUCGAAAAUUACAACUGAACACACACGUGCGAAAGUAAUCCACGUUAUGAGUGACGGACCCACAACCCAAUACCGUAACAAAAAUAAUUUUUAUUUGUUUGCACAUUUUUGUGAAAAGUUGGAGCUCAAAAAUGCAUCCUGGAAUUUUUUUGAGUGUGGUCACGGAAAAAGUGUUGCAGAUGGAGUUGGGGGGCUUGUCAAACGAACUGCUGACCAGAGUGUCGCUCAGGGAACUGAUUGAUGUAUCGUGUAUUGAGCAGUUUCUAGAAAUAAUGAAAGAAAAACUUGAAAGGACAAGCAUCUUUCAAAUUUCUGGAGCGGAAAUAUUAGAAGUCGAGGAAUUACUACAGGAUAAGAAAAUACAACCAUUGCCUAACACCAUGAAGUUGCAUCAAGUUUCCUGGAUCAGUUCGAACAGUGAUACCUUGUAUUUGCGAGAACUGUCGUGUUUUCAGUGUAGGAAUUCCAUUUCCUGUCCGCAUAAUGCUAUUACACCGAGUCAGUAUCAACUGAAAUCUGGCAUGUCCAAAAAAUGUAAUCGUAGCAACCCCGACCUAGAUAAAAUAGAGAUAGGCACCGCAAUUUCUGUAUCUAAGGGUAAUACGACACGGGAAGAAAAUACGGAAGUAAAUGAAAUCAGUGGGAAAUAUAAGAAAGACGAUUGGGUGGCCGUCGUUUUUGAUGAUCAGUGGUAUCCAGGACAGGUGUUAUAUGCUGACGGUAAUAGUCUAGAAAUAAAAUUCAUGACUAGAUCCAAAAGGAAUUUUAUGUGGCCACAAAAAGCAGACGUCCAGAAGAUUCCACAAGAUGGAGUACUUUGCCCUCUGAAAGUUCCUACCAAAUUGUCUUCACGUGUUUUUAAGUUUGAAAACUCUGAUUCAUUGAACUCUCUAAUGGAGUCCCUUGACUAGUUUUACAGUGUUCUAAUGCCUUUUAUAAUGUUUGAGUUUGGUUUUCUUUUUAAUAAAUACCAUGUUUACUUUUUGGUAAUUUUGUUACAUUACCGUCCCUUCAUAAAC